AGCUUUUUGAUGUGGGGUGUUUUAAAAAGCCGCUUUCAUAGUUUUAAUGUAACGUUUGAGAUGAUUUGGGAGAGCUAAACGUUUGUGAUUAAACGACAGGGCGGAGUGGGAGGGGGUGAUGCGGUCGCCGGGUUUUGCCAAAAGCCGUAGUAACAGGGCGGGGCAGAAAUCCGGGAGGGCGGGCCCUAACGAGAACACGACUCGCCUUGUUGUGUGUAUUCCCGUGCUCACAUCGCCAUCUUGUAGCAAUCCUAUUUUUUUUUUUUUUUUUUUUUUUUUACGUAUGCGAGGAUCUACUUUCCGUUUGACCGGAUUAAAAACCGACCGCCUGGUUUCAGCAGAAACACAGGGGGAAGAGAAGUUCGGCCCCGAGGGUGUGAACCGUGCACACGGCGCUUCCCACCGGGACACCACCCUACCUACUCCCUCGGUCUUUUUCCUCCUUUCCGUCCCGAGCUAGCGGGUCGCCUGUCGUGAGGGUUUUACGCGCAAUGAGCAUCGACACACUUUUGGAGGCGGCCAGAUAUCUGGAAUGGCAAGCCCAGCAGCAACAACAGAUCACACGUGAAGAGGAGCAGCGCAAAGAGAAGGAUCUCAUCCAAAGGGACGCAGAGUCGCGGCGCGUGGAACUUGUGACGGCGUUGUCUCAGCCAAUCAGGGCCAACCACAUCACUUGGGGCCAUGACGCUCACCACCAACAGCCGCUUUACCCUCCUCCCCCCCCUCUCCCGCCCCCUCAAGUCCCCAUCGCCGUCAUCCCGAUGGUUCCGGUCGUCAACGCAACGCCCUCUGUCCCGCCCCUCCCGCUUGCAACGCAGGUUGCAGCGGCGGCGACGUUGCUCAACGGCUCCCCGCCAGUCAAGAAGGCUUCCUCCCCCCCGCAGCAGCAUCAGCAGCAUCAGCAUCAGCCGCAGCAGCCGUCGCCCUCUCCUCACCUGUUGUGCACUCACCAGAUAAAGGUAGAGACUGGUUCGCAGCUGAUAAGUGCAAAGCCCGGCCAAUCACAGCCCGAGGUUCAGAUCCAGUACUCAACCUCCAUCAGCACUAAUGGAUCCGGCGCUCUACAUGCACUGGUCCCCCACCAACUUCCACCUUCAUCCCAGCCGCGGGCCAACGGCGUGAUGAUGAGUGAUGACCUGAGAGGGAUGGAAGGGAAGAGGAGACCCGGAGGGGCGGGCACCAGAGAGGUUCAUAAUAAACUGGAGAAGAACAGGCGAGCGCACCUCAAAGAGUGCUUUGAGACGCUGAAGAAGAACGUUCCAAAUGUCGAUGAGAAGAAAACCUCCAACCUCAGUGUGCUCCGCAGCGCUUUGCGGUACAUACAGACCCUGAAGCGUAAGGAGAAGGAGUACGAGCACGAGAUGGAGCGUUUGGCCAGAGAGAAGAUCGCUACGCAGCAGCGGCUGGCCGAGUUGAAGAGCGAGCUCAGCCAAUGCAUGGACGUGAUGGAGAUCGACCGCGUCCUCCGCCAGACGAUCCAGCCGGAGGACGACCAGGCCUCCACGUCCACCGCCUCAGAAGGAGAAGACAACUUUGAGCAGGACAUGGACGAGGACGUCCUCGCCCCCCCCGCUCUCUCGUCGCGGCCCAAACCGCCACCUCCCGUUUUACAAGCCCAGCCGCUCCUCAACCAUCACCUGUCGAUGCAGCGCGGUGCCACCCUGCCUCUUUCUGGAGUCCUGCACACAGCCUCCCCCUCAGCGCCGCCUCACGCCAUCGCACCGGCGCCAGGCCCGCCCCCUCCGCAGGCCGCCCAUUCCAUUCAACCCGCGGCGAUGCAGCUCCAGUCCACGGUGAUCGCUCACGCCGCCGUCUCCCACCCGUCGGUCAUCCAGGCCGUCAAUCCCGGCCUGCCGGCAAAUCAAAAGCAUCUAACGCACAUUGCGCCGUCGCCCGGCCCCAUCUCCUCCAUCCAUCAGACCAUCACGGCGGCGGCGCCCGCGGCGGCUGCUCACCAGCAGAUAACCGGCCAGCCCAUCGGACACAUCACCGUCCACCCGGUGGCUCACCUGGCAGGGCCCCUGCCGUCCCACCUCCCGACUCUCUACCCCCAGGGCGUGUCCGUCUCCCAGCCCACGGUGGUGGGCCACAUCACGCACACCUUCACCCAUCACGCCCUGCCGCACGUGCAGGCUAACCCUCAAGCUAACACUAAUGGAGCCCAGAUGAACAGUGCGCUAGGGAAACCCACUGCCGUGCUGGCCCCCCACCCUCAGCUGGUGGGACAGGCCGCCGUCCUCAACCCUGUCACCAUGGUUACAGUCCCGACCUUCCCCGUCAGCACACUCAAACUGGCGUGAAGGUAAAAAGGAAAAUUAGCAGUGGGACUGCUGGAUGUCAGUUGAAGGGGAGAAAGAUUCAGAACUUUAGGAAUGCAUUUUUACACUCCUGUUAAUAAUUAAUUGCAGACAGAAUUGACCAAGAAAAGACAAGUUGUGAUGAAAAUCUCCAGAGAUAUUUUGGUCACGGCUCUGUUAGUUUGUGAACAAUAACGUUGAAGCAGUCAGUGGGUCAGGCCAUUGUUUGUGAAAAUAAGACAUUUGUCCACGCUGCAAAGACUGGAAUUCCUUCCUUCCUCCUCUCCUUCCCUUCCUUCCUCCUCUCCUUCCUAUACAACCAGAAGCACUAACGUAAUAAGCUCAAUUCACACUCAGGCAUCAGAGAUUUCCCAUAACUUUUCAUACACUCAUCGAGGGAAAAUGAGAGAGCUAGAGAGUGGAUUUUCUCGUUGGACUGUUUCCAUGGUGAUUCAGUAUGUGCCCGUUUUUAUACUCUGAAUCAUGAUGUCACAUGGGACAAUUCUGGUGGCAUAAUGUCGCUGAUGUGUUUGAGAGCAGGAGGCGGGAGCUCAGUGUUCUCACUGAUCCAAACUAAUUACAGACGAGUGUGAGGUAGAGCACAUUUCAUCGUUGUCAGUUUCCGAGGCAGCUUACUGUUUGUUCAUUUAAAUCGCAUCCAGUUUUCUUCCAAUCUGGCUCCACAAAGUGACUGGGAAGCAAUUUUCCCUUUUACCUCCAAAUGAAGGUUCACUCCGCUUGACACCAAACAAUCAAAUAGAAAAAGAACAAACCGUGCAAUUAUAAAACCAGAUUGGCAUUUAAUGAAAAAGACCAAUAAAAGGAAAAAAAGGACUGUACACAUAUCUAAUUCCACAGUUAUUUUUUAAUUUAAUUUGUUAUUGAAUACAGAUCAACUCCAGAGAGGCGUAGGGUGAAAGGGGGGAGAAUUUGUCAAAUGAUUUUCUUGGUUUGCUUUACAUACACAAUCAUCUGUUUUUACAAGCCUUUUGGAGAAAUCUGGAGACAAGGUUGCCAGUUUGAGCAAUGAAUUAGGAGUGAAAUUAGGACAAAAAUGUAUUUCAUGUAGCUAGUUAAAACAGGAAUUGUUACUAUUUUGACCUGACACUUAUAAAGAAUCUAUUUUAAGUACCUCAAAUUUGUCUGUAAAAUAUUGAAAGAAACCUGUACAGCUGUUGUCAAACACUCAUUGACAGGUGUUCUGGUGGGGGAGGGGGGGAGGGAGGGAGGGGUCACCCUCCUCUUCACUCUAAUGCAACAGCUCCCUCUGCUGCCUCAACCCAGACCUCAUACUGCGGCACAACACAAACGUCCCUUGAAAAGAAAAUAUUUUUUUCCCUUGAUUAUAUUACAAAUUGCUGAGAGAAUUGUGAAAUGUGGAUGAAGUCAGUGGACCUCGAGUUAGAAUUUUUAUUUGGUACAUUUGUCUCAUUAAAUAAUUGGGAUGAAGCUCUGCAUUUUCUUUAAUGCUAGGCCAAAAUCAGUUCAUGUAUUGCAGUUUUGUGACAACUAAUUUGGCAGUGACAUGAUUUUUUUUCGACAAAUGAUAUGAAACAUCACGCCAAAUCCUCUGAAGAAAACCUUUUUCAAAAUGUUUUUAUUUAAAAGAAAUAUGUUGUGAAACCACAUUUUAGUCUUUGUGUGACCAUGGACUCACAGCCUUCUUGCCAGCCUACACACGUAACACCGUGAAAUCUCCCGUCUCCGUACAUGUUCACAGUCGACGUCGCGUGGAUCCGUGCCGCUCCUUCUUUCUGGGUGUUAUGUCUGUAUAUGUGACUGUACUCACUUUGUUUUAUAUUAUGUACUAUAGUUAAUCCUACUGUACCUGUAGCAUGGCUGUGUUUGUAAGUUAUACAGUUUGUCCUGUGCAUGAUGGAGUGUCUGUGUGUGUGUGUGUGCGCGUGAGUGAGUGAGUGUGUGUAUGUGUGUAGCAAACGAGAUAUUUUUUUACACAGAGGCGAUUUAUGGUAUGAACCUGUUUGAAUGCUAACGUGUGUGCCUAUUCUCAGUUAUCCUGAACACUGUGACAACUCCGGCAAAGCACGAACACAUUGAGCGAAUGGAAGAGACAGGUUUACUGUCAAUGAUUUUUUUUUAAGUUUCCCCAUUUGAUGAGUUGGACUGAGAUGUGGAUUGGAAAAAGUAAAAAAACAAAAAAAGCUAUUGCUCUUUUCUUAACAUAAUGCCUAAUAUUCAAUUAGACUUUUUUUGUAAUAUUUGUAUUAAUGUAUGCAAGAUUUGUGAAUUAGUGAUGGUAUGCACGUUUUGGCAUAUGAGUGUAUGCAUCUUAAUUUGAAAUGCUUGUUUCUUUUUGGUUUUGUUAUGCAUGUAGAUUGCCCUUUUAGUUUCCUUUGAACGUUUUGUUUCUUUUUGGGACCAUGUACAAUACUGUAUAACGUGGGCAGGAUCUUGGACCUCAUGCUACAUUGAUAUUAUAUAUGAAUAUAAAAAACAUGUUUUCCCUAUGGAGAAAGUUUUAAGUUAUAUAUCGCCUGUACACUUUGGGCUGCCUUUUAGAUCUAACUGUCCACUGUUUAAGAUAAUAGAUAAACCAUAUUAAUGAAGAAUUAUGCUGAUGAAAUAAAAGAUUCUUAAUAAAUCUUA